CACAGCAAAGCACAACAGAAGAGUAAAAUAUUUUUGCGCUAUAAAAUCUGGGGAAGUCCCACAAUCUUGAUGUGAGCUAGCCCCCCUUCUCAAAUCCAUUUCCCCUUUCUUAUAGCUGCUUUAUAGCAUUCAUUAUUUCUCUCCAAACUCCAUUCAUUUCUCUAAACAAGAAUUGUACUAACAGACGAAAUGACAAAGAAUGUUGGAAUUCUCGCUAUGGAAAUCUAUUUCCCUCCUACUUGUGUUCAACAGGAGGCGUUAGAGGCACACGAUGGAGCAAGUAAGGGGAAAUAUACAAUUGGACUUGGACAAGAUUGCAUGGGAUUUUGUACUGAGGUUGAAGAUGUCAUCUCCAUGAGUUUGACAGCUGUUACUUCACUGCUUGAAAAGUACAGUGUUGAUCCUAAGCAAAUUGGCCGCUUAGAAGUUGGUAGUGAAACGGUUAUUGACAAGAGUAAAUCUAUUAAGACUUUCUUGAUGCAGAUUUUUGAGAAAUAUGGAAAUACUGAUGUUGAAGGUGUUGACUCGACCAAUGCUUGUUAUGGAGGGACUGCAGCUUUGUUCAACUGUGUGAAUUGGAUUGAGAGUUCUUCGUGGGAUGGUCGCUAUGGACUAGUCGUUUGUACUGAUAGUGCGGUUUAUGCUGAAGGUCCUGCAAGGCCUACUGGUGGAGCCGCAGCCAUUGCUAUGUUGAUAGGUCCAGAUGCACCUAUUGCUUUUGAAAGCAAAUAUAGGGGGAGCCAUAUGUCUCAUGCAUAUGAUUUUUACAAGCCUAAUUUGGCCAGUGAAUAUCCGGUUGUGGAUGGCAAGCUUUCUCAAACAUGCUACCUCGUGGCUCUCGAUCUAUGUUACAAGCAUUUAUGUGCCAAGUACGAAAAAUUUGAGGGGAAACCAUUCUCUAUCUCUGACGCUGAAUACUUUGUCUUUCAUUCACCCUAUAACAAGCUUGUACAAAAAAGUUUCGCUCGUUUGGUGUACGAUGACUUCGUGAGAAAUUCCAGCUCUAUUGAUGAGGCAGCUAAAGAAAAGCUUGCACCAUUUUCGACUUUAUCUAAUGAAGAAAGCUAUCAAAGCCGAGAUCUUGAAAAGGUAUCGCAGCAAGUAGCCAAGUCUCUUUAUGAUGCAAAGGUGCAGCCAACCACUUUGGUUCCAAAGCAAGUCGGCAACAUGUAUACUGCAUCUAUAUAUGCAGCAUUUGCAUCCCUUCUCCACAAUAAAAACUCUGAACUGGCAGGCAAGCGGAUAAUACUGUUCUCUUAUGGGAGUGGUUUGACAGCCACAAUGUUCUCAUUGAGACUGCAAGAAGGUCAGCAUCCAUUUAGCUUGUCAAACAUUGCAUCCGUGAUGAAUGUUGGCGCGAAAUUGAAGUCAAGGCAUGAGUUCUCCCCGGAGAAGUUUGUUGAAACCAUGAAGUUAAUGGAGCACCGAUAUGGAGCAAAAGACUUUGUGACGAGCAAGGAUUGCAGCCUGUUGGCUCCGGGAACAUACUAUCUGACAGAAGUUGAUGCAAUGUAUCGAAGAUUUUAUGCCCAGAAACCUGUCGACAACACGAUUGAGAAUGGUUCCAUUGCUAAUGGCCACUGAGAGCAAUGAAAGUGGUAGAAUUUAAUUUGAACUUUUAUGGUACUUGGCUCUUUGUUUAGUCUUAAGAACGUUUGUGUUUCUUUUGAAGUUUGUAUUCUAAAGCAAAUAGUUUGUUCGGCAGUAAGUGUUUCGCCGUGUAAUUUUUUUUGUUUUCCCCCUCAAUAAAAUUCUUAUACGAAAAAGUCUUGUUUUCCCCUUAAA